GGCUCCCUCGAGAAGUUGAGGCUCGGUACUGGAAAACAGGAAGUUUCCCUGGUUUUAUUACCUUGCUACUUACUUAUGAUGGAUUUGAUUUUAAAGCCAUGAGUAAUUAUGGAAACAGGUGAGGAUGUUUUGGCAUCUGAGGAAGGAACUCGCGGUGGACCGAGUAAUUGCGAAGGCGGUAUACGUGAAGUUGCACGUCGGCAGGAUCAUCGAACCAGUCGGAAGAAGAAGCUUUCAAGAAAGGUUUCCUUCCCUGAAGAUGCCUUUCUAGUCCGGGCUGUGGACCCAGUUGACCCGUGGGAAAAUGGUUAGUCCAAAGCACUCGAUGAUUUCAUUUUAUGGUGAACUACACAUCAAUAUGCCAAUAGACUUGCGUUAAUAUAAAUUUUAGUUGAGCUCCAGUGUGCCUUCACUCCAUAGGGUGACUUAAAAAAAUGUAAAUAUUGGUCUUCGUGCUUUAAAUCGGUGAGCUCUGAUUUGCGUGACUUGGUUUGUCUUGCAUUUUUUUUCUAUUGUAUGCAUGGCUUAUUUUUUUGCAAACUAUUUGCUCCCGAAGCCGGGUUGAAGAACGUUUUCGUUAUCACUCGUUUAUGUCUUUGAGUAUAGCGGUGAGCGUAACAUUUUAGUCGCUUAUAAUGGGCAGUAAUUGGGAAUGAACUUCUCGCUCUUUAAAUCUCGUUUAUAUAUUCAUUUAUGUGCUUCAAAAGCUUAAUGAAUCAGUACUGGCAUUUUGCCCGAAGUAUUACGCGACAUCGAGCGCAAAUCGUGAAAACGAGAACACGAAAUGUAUGAAGGAAUAGCAAAUUUCCGGUUCAGGCGGUAUUUCUCUAAUUGUUGGUAUAUGUACGUUAUUUUUUCAUGUGAUAAGCAGACGUUCGUUGUGGUGGUCGUAUUUUCUUUGAUGCUUGAUUUGUUUAAACCGCAAUGAUGAAAUGUGGAAUUUUACUGCCCUUCUUAGAAAGGUCUCCAACAUUUUUCUAGGAACGGAAAAUGAAAAAUCUGUGAGCGCAUUAUUUUACUACAUAGUCCCAAAUUUAUGUUAAUCUGAAACUGGUCAAAUGAUAACAUAAUUUUUCACUUUUUUGUUUGGGAUUGAUGAAGAAAACCUCAGGCCCCUGACUGCAUUGCUGCUGGAAAUAAUGCUUAAGAAAAUGUCAAAAAUUAAAAAAAUCAAUUUAUCUUCUGAUUGAAAUAAAAAUGGAAUGAAAUCUUUUAAAGAUAUUAUCAAAGUUAGAUAUAUCUUUGAAGGCUCAACCAUGAUUACAGUGUGUUAUAACCAGCAAUCAAAAUCAAGCAUUCAGAAACCAAAAGUACUCAAUCUUCAUUUAUAUUCAUGAUAAACUUUGGAACUCAGGGUUACGAAACCCAGUUGAAACCUUUUCCUCAUGAAAUACAUUGUUAUUUUUAAUUGAACAAGAAAGUUUAAAAAAAAACUGAAUGAGCAAAUUGUUUCUGUGGAUUCCUACAGGGCAUGAGUGAUUUGUGACCUUCAAACUGUCUAAUCCUCAUAGAAAAAAAACACCUUGUAAAAGCUUAUGGCAAAUGGCAGGGUUUGGAUUUCUUGGAGGUGUAACUCUGUCUUUUUUUCUCUUAGGAAAUUCAUGGCAUUUGCCUAAUGAUAUUCUUCCAUUCUUUAUAAACUGUCACAUGCACUGUGGCAAAAAUUUCCUCCUGCCAAAAGGUGUGAAGUGCAUUUGAACCUUAAGCAAUGUGCUGUCCAUGAAAAACCCACAUCAUUAGCAUUUUCUAAUUGAAAGGGCAAUUGUAGGCAAGCUCCUUAGAUACUUGAUAGAUAUAGCCAAGGCCAGAAGGGUAUUUGCAGUGCAAAAUUAGUUCCACAACCUGGGUCUUAUUUGCUUAUCAAUGUUUAAUAUUUACUAAUGCAUGUAUUCAUUUAUUUUUGUUUGUUUAUUGAUAAAUUUGAACCAAAUAAUGACAGGUUAAUUGGCAUAAUUGGGUCAAUGAUUUUAACUCACCAAAAAGUGAAUUUUGCUUUCUCUUUGCAUGUCCCUUAAAAUACAUGCCAUCUUAAGUUUCAAAGCAAUUGAUGUGGCAAGGAGCUCUGUAGUGUCACUUAAAAGAGUAUGUUUUUGUUUCCCUAAUCCACAAAAAUUUUUUGCAAAUUUUGUGUUUUUUGAGACUUGCUGAAAUGAGUAAGACCACAACUUCUUUUUGCACAAUGACAUAUAGCCAGAGAGAUUCAAGAGAUCCAUUGGUUCCAAGGCUUAUCAGUUCAAGAGUCUUCUGUCUGUCCUCUCCUCUUAAAAAUAAAUUUGUCAUAAUAUGCUUACAUUUCAGCUGGACAUCACAGCAGCAAAGAAGUAAUAGAUGCUUAUAGAAGUACAUGCAUCAGACUGAAGAUUAAACCUUGUGAAAAGCUCAUUAAACAGCUUGAGGUAUUUUUAAAACAAAGCUUUCUUGCCUCUGUAUAUUUCUGUGCUUUACACAGUCAUGAAGCUGGUUAUGGUGAAUGGCAGAUGCACUUCAAAGGUCAUGGAACAAUAAAUUAUAAGUUCUGUACAGAGUGCCCCUCAGAAAAGGGUUUGAAUCCAUUUUUCUACUUAGUGGAAAAUGAUAUUAUUCAAUAAAAGACACAGGCAUACUUAGAAAAAAGAACUUUGAGUGUUCCCAAUAGGAGUGGAACCUAUGACCUGGAAUGGAUGGUCUAAUUAGUACUGUGAAUGCACUAUCACUCAUAUAUACGCUGUAAGAGACUUGUGGUAGGCUCGCCCAUCGUUAGAAUUUUUCCAUGACCUGUAUUCAAGACAGUUUUGGGAAAAUUUGGUUAUUUCAAACCAGAAAUAUGUUGGAUUAAUGCAUCUAGGUCUGAGUUGCUGUUAUGAGUCGUCUCUUUCAUGGCAUUCAUUGCUUUGACUCAUAAAAAUCUUUCUUUUAUGCAGGCUUGUGAGAGUUUUGCAGAGAGAAUAGAUGUAAUCGACUUGAGAGGUACUGUACCAGUAAAUAGACUGCCCUAAAUUGUUUUAAUAAUUGAAUGUCAAAAUUUCAGUUUCUACUGCUUUUGUUAACAGCUUCUUUGACUUGUAGGUGUUAAACUUGACCCACGGAACUGUGAGGCUUUGGAGGAAGUGUUCAGAAGGGUGAGAACCAAGACAUUGGAUCUUGAAAACACAGGACUUGAGGAUGAUGUGAGUUCAUUUGGAUUUGUUUUGUAUUUUUUUUUUCAUAUAAAUUAUGUGAAUUGCAUGAGAAGUGGCUUCUCUUACAGUCAUUCCAAGCCAUGGCUCUUGUCCACAGGAAGUUCUGCUUUUCUAUGUUUAAUAAUCACUAGAAAUAUGUCCAUUUUCAUAUUCGGAGUAUAUGAUAAAUACACUGUGCAAGAGAAGAAUGAGUGCAAGAGAGAAAUGAAUGCAAGGCUUUCUUUAGUAAAUAAAGGUUAAUUUCGUGAAAUGCCAAGAGACAUUGAGGGAGACACAGUUACCCAAUGGCUAGCAGGCUGGUUUGGGGUUUAAGAGGUCUUAACCCAGACCUGACUGGGUCACUAUGUUUUGAUAUUUGGCAAGACACUUUGCUCUGUGGUUCUCUCUACUAAAGAAGGUCAACUAUCAGGAGAGGGGGGUCUGGGUUUGAGACCUAGCUGGGUCAUUGUGUUGUGAUCUUGGGCAAAACACUUUGCUCCCACUGUGGCUCUCUCCACUUAAGAGUAUAAAUGGAUAUAAAUGAACUAUUGGGAUACUCGGCAAACUGCAGUUUGGUAAUCUGUGAUGGACUGGCAUCCAUUAAGGGGAAUUGGCCAUACUCUCUGAGGCUUCUUGGAAACUGGAAUAAGCUGCAACAAGGCUGGCCGCUUGGGUCAAUGUUGCUGACUUUACUUUCCCCUUGCUGGGUGGCAAUGCUGUUGUGUUUCAGCAAAGAACAAUGUUUUAAAAGGAACAUGAAAGAACUUAAGUCACCACUUAACUUGACCUAAUGAAAAUAACAUGGACAACAGAAUAUAUUUAUACUGCUAGUUACAUAACACUAUCUAGUGAAGGUGAUCACACUAAAUUCUCCACAAGUUAAUGAUACAUAUCAACACUAAGCUUAGGUGCUAUUUACAAUCAAUACCAUAAAUUCCAGACAAUGGAAUGGCAAUUGGUUGUAGAGAAACAAUGGAAGGGGAAAUUAAUGCACUCCAGAAGUCACUUCCCAAUCCUUAGAAUUGAUUGUACAGGAGGCUCUACUUUCGUGAAUUGUUCUCUCCUUUACAUGGUAUUUUGAAAUAAAUUACGAUUAUUGUUUUGUUUUGAAAUUCAUAAUUUUUUCUAUUUUGUGAACAAAAUGGCUGGUACUUUGUAGGGUGCUGUUUCAUUGCUGGAAAUGAUUGAAUACUACAAAUCAACAUGCAACCUAAACAUGGCAUACAACAGCAAGAUAAAGAUCAGAGGAUGGCAAGCUGUUAGUAGAACUUUAAAAAAGGUAAAUAGUAUUUGGAGAGCUUUUGAGAGAGAAUGUUUAAUUUGGGAAUCAAAAGAUGUGUAUCAAACCUACCUUACACAUGUUGAAGACUGCAUCAUGUAAAUGAUGUUUUUCCCUCCUCAGACUCCCUGUUUACAAUACUUGGACAUACGUAACACAGUUUGGACAGAACAGGCUCUUCCUCUCUUGGGGCGCACACUCAGGCUUGACUGCUGUCUCAGUGUGUUGCACAUGGAGGGUUGUAAUCUGUCAGGGAGACCACUGUUUCUGCUGGGUAUGUAACAUCUACAUUCAUCCUGUAACAGUUUGUGUGUUGUUUGUGUAUAGUAAUCUUAAAAAGAAAAGACUGCUUUGAGUAGGGAUUAUUAAGAGUGCUUGUAGCCUUUUUUUGUCUUGUGAUGCUAUGGACUGGGAGAGAGGGAAUGUUUAUUGUAGAUCCUCUAAUAAGUUUGCCCUCUUGUCCUCUUUUUUGUAUUAUAUGAUAAUCUGAAUUACACAAUCAUGCAUUUUGCUUAGUGCUUACUACUGAUCUGUCAGAAGACAGAUGUAUGCAUGAUGUUGCAGUUAACAACAUUUUUCUUUUUUACCAUAUUAAACAAAAAUGGACUCUAUGUUGCUGUGCAUCUGUACAGUAAUAGAUCAUAGAUGAUGCCAAAAUGUAGUAAAAACAUUAAUGACUCACACAGUUGUGCCUUGUGUGCCACUUUGUAUUCUUAGCACAUUUUGACAUCAUUUGUGAACUAGUACUGUACAGACAAAUGGUAAUAUAGAAGCUAUUUGUUAAAUGGAAAAUCUGGAAUUCUUCGUCUCAAGGACCUUAAUGAUAUGAAUGAUAAUAAAUGGAAAUAAAAUGAAAAUAAAAUAAAAUGUGAUCUUUAAUUGGAUGAUUUUUUUUAAAAAUAAAUUUUGCCAUUUAAGUGAUUAUUAACCAACCUAGUUUGAAAGUGCCAUAAUCUUGUUUGAUCUCAUGGUGGCUGUAUGAAAGAAAAACCAAAACAAGUAAUCAAUAACAUACUUUGCUUUGUUUUCUAUCAGAUUAUGAUUUAAAAUAUCUAAAUUUGUGUUGGUCUGAAUCUUGCCUCUUAGUCAGUGCAGUAAAGUUUAACCAGAAUCUCAAAGACUUGUUCCUGGGAGACAACAAACUAACAUCACCAGAUGGGCAGUCAUUGGGUGCUAUGCUAAAGGGUAAUGGAUAUCUUCAAUUGCUUGAUUUAAGAAAUAACCCUUUACAGGUGAGACACACUACAUGUAAUAAAAUAGUAUUUUUCUUUUUAGGGUCAGUAGUCAACAUGUUCUUGAAUUCAGGUUUUGUUUUAGGAUGCAGUUUGAUUGGUCUUGGAGGACAUGUGCCAUGUCUUCAUAACUAUCAUGCAUGACUUGAGAAGAUGUGUUUUUUUGUGCUUGAAUCAAGCUGUUUUUAUUUGUUGACUGAAGUUUUGUUGACUCUCUGUAAAAUUGAUUGCUAUUCUGGCCCCAGUCGUUGGAAGGGUGGAUAAUGCUAUCCAAUGCAUAGAUCUCUGUCUGGCUGACAGCGUGGCAUGCUUUAAUAACACUUAUCUGCUGCAUAGCGAUUUAUCCUUGGGAUAGCAUUAAAUAGCAUCUAUUGAUAAUGGAUGUUUUAGUUUACCACUGGGAUGUUUCCUGUGCUACUUAGCAUGUAUAAAAUGAUUUUUUAUCCUUUUAUGUCACAAGAUGUAACUAUAUAAACCAUUUUAUUAACACCUCAGUUUCUGUGAUAGUGUUCUUUAAAAUAACCUCAAACUGACCUCUUUGUUUUGCAGGACAUGGGUAUUGGUUAUAUUUGUGAGGGUCUAGCUGAACAGCCUCAUGGUGGACUACAGACACUUGUGCUGUGGAAUACCCAACUAACUUGCCAUGGAGCAAUGUUCCUGGCUAAUGCUUUGGUGAGUUAGUGCAUGUCUUUACUAAAUCCUUAGUCCGACUUGAGUUUUAAUAGUGACUCAGCUUAGUGUCGUGUCGAUUUAUGGAGGCCAAAAUAAGCUCUGGUAGAACUGGAUACAAAGGCUGACCUUAAAAGUGAACUAAGCUUAAAGUAAGUGGUUUUUACUGUAUGAUAUGUUUAUGACCAAAGUAAAUUUAUGGUUUGUGUUUUAGGUAAGCACCAGCUCUCUUCAAACUCUUAAUCUCGGACACAAUCGAUUGACUAACGAGGGAAUGCACACAUUAAAGGAGGGUCUUUUGAGGAACCACUCUCUUGAAAGACUUGGACUGUUGAAUACAAGACUCUCUAGCGAAGGUGAAGGAAAAAAACUUAUAAUGACCUUAACAACAAAGCAAAAACAUGUUUUACAGUUUUUGUCGUCGAACACAGUUUGAAAUUGUCUUCUUCGUUCAAAUUACUUGAAAGCUGAUGUUUGUCGACUUCAAAUUUAGCACAAUGACAUUAGUGAUUACUUGAACCCUUGGUAAAUCUUUUAUUGCUGCUUAUUCAGUUAAACCUGGUUAACUUAACAUGUUUUGCUGGUGUGAGUGGGACAUUGUUUGCGUUGCACGUCUCUUAUUAGGAAGAGCGAGUGAGAGGUACAAACUAGCGACUGUUCACGGAGUUCCCGUAAAUUUUUCUCAUUCCUACAUUGGAAAAACAAAUGUUUUGGCGACAGAAACAGAAUAUAACGUCCAGUAAUUUUACCGAGAUACGACCCUAAAGGCAAAGAAUUGUUUAAGUCUGUUCUAAACAAAUGUACGUUCACAACACCGAUUACCAUAAACACCCAGAUAUGCUCCUUCUCUCUAAAUAAGCUCUUCUCUCUUGCGAAUACCCCGUCUGAAACUUUUAGUUUCUCCUAAGGCCUUCUAAUGAGCUCCGCUCCCCCCCUCUGCCCCUCGCGUUUGUCAAGGUAGUUUUUUUUAAAUCUGUUUCUGCGGCUAAUUUCCAGUCUUCUGCCGUUGCAGGAAUAAUUGCACUUGCUGAAGUAGUCGCAGAAAGCAAGACUAUUCUAAGAGUGGACCUCCGUGACAAUGACCCAUAUGUUGGAGGGCUGAUGGCUCUGUCGUUGUCACUGAAAGUCAACAAGUCCCUUGUGCGGAUAGACCUGGACAAGGACCUGAAAAAAGAGCCGGUAAGCUUGCUGUACCAGCAUGCUGAUGUGCGUUGAAAUAACUAAUUGGGCUCCUACGAAAAGCGUGGGCGUCUCUCACCUAACUCCAUUUCUCAUGCUAAAUAUUUGCAUGAAUGAACAAUGAGUAGUGAUGAGAAGUAAUGCAUUUAACUUCGAUUAGGAGCGACUUACGCCAACUGAGUCCCGUCCACAGUCCUCUCACCUAGACGACCAGUCUACACGGUCGACUGAGAUUCAACCAUAUAUUCAAGAUAAUUUGUAUUUAUCAAUUGACUAGAAGUUGUAAACUGGCUACUCUAAAGAGUUUCUAAAGCUGGCGUUUCGACCGUUCGGGAAAGACGAAGGGCUGCCUCUCUAAGCGUGAGCUUUAGAAACUCUCUACGGUGGCUAAUUUACAUCAUCAACAUAGUUGUUGAGACUAAAUUAUCUUGUAAUGAGCCCCAUCGACGCAGGACCACAGUUUCUAAGAAACUUACCCCUAAUAUUCAUUUGUUGUAUGAUUUUCUCUCCGAAUGACUUUAGACUACUGAGGUUCAGUAUAGUAUGGGGGAACAGAGUUGGACUUAAGCAGCGUAUAAACUUUACUUUUUCAGACCUAAGUCCGGAGAUUUAGGAAAGUCUUCUGAGGAUCUCAUAUGACGCAGAAGGAGUUGUGAUGUGUCAAGUUUGUCACUAUCAUCUUUUAAGGCUUUUUUUUGUCUUUCACAGGGCAUGGAAACAACACAGAGGAUUAUUCUCGCUGACAUCUACAGCUAUUGCCAGCGAAACAAAGUUUCAGCCAAAGAACGAGAAGAAAGAGAGCUGGCUACUGAAAGCCAGACUGAGGAGGGAAAGAUCAGUGAAACAGACAGCAUUAUCCAUGAUGUCAAAGAACACGUAACAGAUGCGGUGUCUCACGUUGAAAACGAGACCGCAUCUGGCUCGCCGAAGCUGAUUCAGUUGGAGAACCCUCCGGAUAUUGCACAAGAGCUUAAAGUACUAACAUCGGACUAUCCUGGCCUGUCACGAUUCACAGUUACGGCUGUAUCAGAUGAGGAACAGCAGCCAAACCAAGACGGUACUUUUAGCGAUGAGGACUUUGUUCCCCUUGUGGAUUUAUCAAACACGAAUUGUUCGUCAAACGAGCAAGAUAUAAGCGGUUGCAGUAUGAGCGUGAACGAUGUGUUACGUGACAAGGUGUCAAGUGUUUCGCUGAGUGACACGGACGCCUCUAACAGCACAGUCAGUUCACUGUCGCAACCCACCGCAUCUCCAUUGAUUCCUGCUCUGGUUCAGAGUGAUGAGCGGACUUCAGGUACAACAUAUGUCUUGAACGCCAUAUUAAUUCCUGUUUCCCCCCCCACCUCCUCUUACUAGCAAACGCCUCGUCUUGAAGUGAAUUAUUUCUUUGCUCUUCUUUCCGAGCUAACCAAUCCAAUUGCGUUGAAGGAAAUUUCCCUCAGGUUGCACACAUCGACUUAAAUUAGUAAUGUGACCAUUCUCUUUCAAGAUCCUGCCGUCAUAUCAUUUUGGCGAUAACCAUACAUUCCUCAUGUGUGAGUUCUAAUAAUUUUAGUUUUGUUUAGGGAAUACUUCCUCCACUUCAUGAUAGUUGUCUUCAUCGGCUUAUUAAUGUGUUUUUCUCGCCAAGUUGCUUGUGAUCCCUCUAGGCGUCCCCAGGUUAAACUCUUGCCAUGUGUCAGAAACUCUUCUUUUAAACAAAGGCUGAAGGAAAAAGAUUCAUGCAAUUUAAUAUGAAACCUGCUUUCGUAAAAUUUGCCAUGAAACUUUCUAUCAAUGCGAGCGAACAAUUGACGCAUCUUUUUUCCGAGACGAUUUUAGUACUACACUUCCUUUAGAUAUGGUUAGAGUGUUACAGCGAUUUGAAAAUGGCAUAAGAACCUUCCCUUACUGAUCAGGUCAUAUGGAUUAUAUUUAGCACAGUUUUUUCUUAUUUUGUUUUAUAUCACUUCUGCAGCCUCUUCUCCUUUACCUGAAGGAAAUAAACCAGAGCUGGACUUGUUGAGCAGCGUGUCUGUCAAGGAAACAAAUCACAAUCCACAUCUCAACCAUGCAAUCAACAAUCAGGGUGCGUCUGUGUAUCGAAGAACUUGAAGUGUUUCCGGACGAGCCCGAAGCGCUUCCGAUACUUUUGUAGUGUAGGCGUAGGUUCCUUUCAUGCGCAAAACCUUAACAUUUUCAUUUAUAUUGCCUUAAAUGUUAGACGGAUUUAAAAAAUUAUAAUUUAAGGUUUAUAGAAUAUUAGAUUUCAUUCCUUUGUGAUUUUUUCCCCUUUUUUAGAUUUUUGGACAGGCCAAAUGGACGGCUUGAUGAUAGGCUCAACAAAGUUGCCCACCCCUCCCUCCACAGUGUCUCCGAAUAACGACGGUGCCGUAGUGGACCUUCUUAGCUGAAGGAGAAAUUGAAUGCAUUUUUUACAGACAAGCAUUUUGAAGAUUUGUUGUCGUAGAGAUCAGCAUGGCUUAUUCGCUGCGGCGAUUUGACCUACAGGCUGUACCGUAGUAUUAAUUAUUGAGGAAAAAAUGCUAUUAUUACCAACUCCUUAUGAACUUAACAAAUUCAGUUUAUUUUAUAGAUCGUUGGGCGAAAAGCUUUGAACCAUGCCACAUUUUGUUCGAAGCUCUUCAUAAGACAAUUUUGAUCUUACGGAAAAUUUUGCAGCGAGCGAGGUAAUUUGAAGAAUUCAAAAGUAAAUAGAGCCUGUCUUGGUAUGUAUUUGUCUUUAUGGUAAGCGAUUUCGUGACAUUUUGGUUUCCAAGAUAACUAGUCACGCAAACGUUUGCAAUGAAAAUGACCUUAGCAGUGCUAGAUGAAAUAUUAAAGAACGUUUUGUUCAAUGUCAGUCACGGGCAACUGCGCCCCUACCCCUCCCCCCCUCCAACCUAACAACAGUCAGUUGGUAAUAAGUUGGAGUUCAUGUUGAGUUAGGGGGGAGUGGGGGUAAGUGCGCAGUUGCUUAGACAUUGACAUUGAUCCCAACUUUUUGUAUGUUUCCUGUUUUAUAUUCGGAGGAAAAAUUGAAAAAAAGCUGUAGACUUAAGUUUGAACUAGUUAUAGCUAGAACAUCUGCGUCUCAUCAAAGGUAAAACCAUAACUAAAGAUGUCUUGAUCUUUUUCCGUCAAUGAUCUGUCUUUCUAUGAAUUCUUCCUUGUACCGUCUCGUUUACGUCUCCUUUUCCCCUUCCCUUAAUGUUAUAUAGCAUGGUAAAUUGUCUGAAGUGAGCUCAGCUUAAGUGGUGUUAAAACGCAGUGUAGAUUUUUUUUGUUGUAGUAUGAAAUUCUCCUUACUUGUCGUGAAAGAAGUGUAUGGUACGGCUAAGGAGAGUUCACAUCUUAAGCUAGAUGUUAGAACGAUUUCCACAGAAAUGACAAAGAAUUUUAUGAAUUAUUGCAAAUAGUUAUUACUUUUUUUAGCCUUUAUUAAGAUUAUGUUAAAACCUUUACUGCAAUACAAACGGGAAUACUUCUUUGUUAUUAGGAACUCUGGACAUACACUUUAUUAUUAUUGACUCAUUAAUAGAUUAUCCGUCAUUUUACACGCUAAAAAAUGGAUCACGAAUCCAAAGAAAGCAUUUCUUGAAUCAUUUUUCCCAACGAAAAAUCUCGUCGACUUCCUUAGUGUAAUAAACGAGUGAAACCGUGGUUAGUAAGUCUUAUUAGCUGUGAAGAACGAAGGGCGAAACCAGUUUACUAUGGUCACAACCUAGAUGCACACCCCACGACUGUGUUACCGCGCCUUGCCAGGCGACCUCCUCUAUGCACUUGGUUCAAAGUCCUACCAUUCACUCCAUACGCAAAUGCGUCGAGCUAACGCCACCUGUUCAAAGGUGGUUGCUAAGUGGCCUGGUCGUCGACUGACGAUA